UUCCUUCUUUCUAGCAAUGGUGGCGACCGGGUUCUCUUUCUUGCUCACGCUGCUGCUCCUUGCAACUGCUGUUCCACCAGCUCCCACGACCAGAGCUCAGCCUGCCACCGACCACCUUGCACUGAUGGCCUUCAAGUCGCAAAUAACCCGUGAUCCGUCGUCAGCAAUGGCCUCGUGGGGUGGCAACCAAUCGCUCCAUGUCUGCCAAUGGCGAGGUGUGACGUGCGGCAUCCAGGGACGCUGCCGUGGCCGUGUGGUGGCGCUGGACCUCAGCAACCUUGAUCUUUCUGGCACCAUUGAUCCUUCCAUAGGCAACCUCACCUACCUGAGAAAGCUUGAUCUCCCUGUGAAUCAUCUAACUGGUACCAUCCCUUCAGAGCUUGGUCGUCUUCUCGACCUCCAGCAUGUCAACCUGAGCUAUAAUUCUCUGCAAGGUGGCAUUCCGGCAUCACUGUCACUAUGCCAACAGCUUGAGAACAUCAGUCUGGCAUUCAACCACCUAUCAGGAGGGAUACCUCCAGCCAUGGGUGAUUUGUCCAUGCUGCGCACAGUCCAGUUGCAGUACAACAUGCUUGAUGGAGCGAUGCCUCGCAUGAUAGGUAAGCUGGGCAGCUUAGAGGUCCUUAACCUCUACAACAACAGCCUUGCAGGAAGCAUUCCGUCAGAGAUUGGAAACCUCACCAGUCUAGUAAGUCUUAUCCUGAGCUACAAUCACUUGACAGGUUCAGUUCCAUCUUCUCUUGGUAACCUUCAGAGGAUCAAGAAUUUGCAACUGAGGGGGAACCAACUUUCAGGGCCAGUUCCAACGUUCUUGGGGAACCUAUCUUCACUAACCAUUCUUAAUCUUGGCACUAACAGAUUUCAGGGGGAGAUUGUGUCAUUGCAAGGACUGUCAUCUCUGACUGCCCUAAUUUUGCAAGAAAACAACCUUCAUGGUGGCAUCCCUUCUUGGCUAGGAAACCUCUCUUCACUAGUUUACCUAAGCUUGGGAGGGAACAGAUUAACUGGAGGAAUUCCUGAAUCAUUAGCAAAACUUGAGAAGCUAUCUGGACUUGUUCUUGCUGAAAACAAUCUUACAGGUAGCAUUCCUCCCUCCCUAGGAAAUCUUCAUUCUCUAACAGAUUUGUACCUAGAUAGGAAUCAGCUCACUGGGUACAUUCCUUCUUCCAUUUCCAAUCUCUCCUCUCUUAGAAUAUUCAAUGUACGGGAUAACCAGUUAACAGGAUCAUUACCAACUGGCAACAGAGUCAACUUCCCAUUGCUUCAAAUAUUUAAUGCAGGGUACAAUCAGUUCGAGGGUGCCAUUCCAACUUGGAUGUGCAACUCUUCUAUGCUUAGCUCAUUUUCAAUAGAAAUGAAUAUGAUUUCAGGAGUAGUUCCUCCUUGCGUUGAUGGCCUAAAUAGUUUGUCAGUCCUGACAAUUCAAAACAAUCAACUCCAGGCAAAUGACAGUUAUGGUUGGGGAUUCCUUUCUAGUUUAACUAAUAGUAGUCAGUUGGAGUUUCUAGAUUUCAGCAGCAACAAAUUUCGAGGGACUCUACCAAAUGCAGUAGCAAAUCUUUCUACAAAUUUGAAAGCUUUCGCCCUAAGCGAAAACAUGAUAAGUGGCAAGAUCCCUGAAGGAAUUGGAAACCUUGUUAAUUUAUUGUACCUUUUCAUGAGCAACAAUUCUUUUGAGGGUAAUAUUCCUAGCUCACUUGGUACACUCUGGAAGCUGAGUCAUUUAGACCUUGGAUUCAAUAAUCUAUUGGGCCAAAUUCCACCUGCCCUUGGUAAUCUCACAUCGUUGAAUAAACUCUAUCUUGGACAAAAUUCACUUAGUGGGCCUCUGCCAUCCGAUCUUAAAAAUUGUACUUUAGAAAAAAUUGAUAUUCAGCACAAUAUGCUCAGCGGUCCAAUUCCAAGGGAGGUUUUUCUCAUAUCUACCCUGUCUGAUUUCAUGUACUUCCAAAGCAACAUGUUCAGUGGGUCACUACCAUUGGAAAUCAGUAACUUGAAAAAUAUUGCAGACAUCGAUUUCUCUAAUAACCAAAUUUCUGGUGAAAUUCCUCCAUCUAUUGGUGAUUGUCAAAGCCUGCAAUAUUUUAAGAUACAGGGGAACUUCCUUCAAGGGCCAAUCCCAGCAUCAGUGAGUCGGCUGAAAGGUCUUCAAGUACUUGAUCUUUCACACAACAACUUUUCUGGAGACAUUCCUCAAUUUCUAGCAAGCAUGAACGGCCUAGCUAGUUUGAACCUCUCAUUCAACCAUUUUGAAGGGCCAGUUCCUAAUGAUGGGAUAUUUCUCAAUAUAAAUGAAACUGCAAUUGAAGGGAAUGAAGGCUUGUGUGGGGGUAUACCUGAUUUGAAGCUGCCUCUUUGCUCCACUCACUCCACCAAAAAGCGGUCUUUGAAGCUUAUCGUAGCAAUUUCCAUAAGCAGUGGAAUCCUAUUGCUUAUCUUGCUUUUAGCUCUAUUUGCAUUCUGGCAAAGGAAUAAGACACAAGCAAAAUCGGACUUGGCACUUAUCAAUGAUUCGCAUCUAAGAGUAUCUUAUGUUGAAUUAGUCAAUGCAACAAAUGUUUUUGCUCCUGAUAACCUCAUUGGAGUAGGAAGCUUUGGAUCAGUGUACAAAGGACGAAUGACGAUCCAAGACCAAGAAGUAACUGUUGCAGUUAAAGUGCUGAAUCUCCAACAGCGUGGGGCUUCUCAAAGCUUCAUUGCAGAAUGUGAGGCUCUGAGAUGUGUUCGGCAUCGAAAUCUUGUGAAGAUCCUAACAGUCUGCUCAAGUAUUGAUAUUCAGGGCCAUGACUUCAAGGCUCUUGUAUAUGAGUUCAUGCCAAAUGGAAAUUUGGACCAAUGGCUACACCAGCAUCUUGAGGAAAAUGGGGAAGACAAGGUUUUAAAUAUCAUCAAAAGGCUCGACAUUGCCAUUGAUGUGGUUUCUGCACUUGAUUAUCUUCACCAACAUAGGCCAUUGCCAAUUAUUCACUGUGAUCUCAAGCCAAGCAAUAUUCUCCUAGAUAGUGAAAUGGUUGCUCACGUUGGUGAUUUUGGGCUUGCAAGAGUCCUGCAUCAAGACCAUAGUGACAUGUUAGAGAAAUCAAGUGGCUGGGCUACAAUGAGAGGAACAAUUGGAUAUGCUGCUCCAGAGUACGGUUUGGGCAAUGAGGUUUCAAUUCUGGGUGAUGUCUACAGCUAUGGUAUACUGUUGCUGGAGAUGUUUACCGGAAAAAGACCAACUGGCACUGAAUUUAGAGAAGCUCUCAGCCUUCAUAAUUAUGUAAAGAUGGCACUUCCAGACAAUGUGAUCGAUAUUGCAGACCAACACUUACUAUCAGAGAACAAUGAUGGAGAAGAAAUAAACUCAGAUGGCAAAAGAACAAGAGACACGAGAAUAGCCUGCAUCACAUCAAUUCUGCAGAUUGGAGUUUCCUGCUCAAAGGAAUCUCCAGCAGAUCGCAUGCAUAUUGGAGAAGCUUUGAAAGAAUUGCAGAGAACAAAAGACAAGUUUAGCUUGUCCCUGCGUUGAAGCAUCAAAUCUCUGAAUAAUUUGGCAUAAUAAUCCCCAGGCUAUAAUAGAUAUUUACAGCCUAGCAACCGAAGCCUUAUCAGCAUAGGUUCAGGUUGUAUGAGUAGCUUCAUGAUGUUCACACAUGCAGGGUGCUGUUACUGAACAAAAUAUAAGAACCAUAAACCAUUUGGCAUUUGCAGGAAGAAUAUGUAAAUCGACUAACUGCACAUACAGUUUUAUGUUUUUUAUUUUAUUUUUUUGCUUGUAGCCUACAAAACUAUUUUGAUGGAAGCAUUCGAUAUGUUACAGCACGCGAGUUCACAGAAAUUACACUAGCGGUCCUUAAACUUGUAACGAAGUUUUACAUAGGUCCACGAACUUGCAAAACGUGUAUCGAGAUCCUUAAACUUAGUUUAAUGUAUCAUCCCAAUCCAAAGCCUGGUUUGACCGUGGUCUUGCCUAUGUGGCAUGCCACGUGGAUGAUGACAUGGCUAAAUUUUCUUUUUCCCUUUUUUUUCUCCCCAUCUUUUCUCUCCUUCCUCACCUAGCGUGGAGAAAACUGCGGCGGAAGGGAGAGGAAGGAGGCAAAAUGGAGAAAAAAAAAGAUAAGAAGGGAGAAAAAAAGGAAGAAGAGAGAAAAAAUAAAAAAGUCCAUGUCAUCGUCCACGUAGCAUGCCACGUAGACAAGACCACGGUCAAACGAGGCUUUGGACCAGAAUGGUACAUUAAACCAAGUUUAGGGAUCUCGAUGUACGUUUUGCAAGUUUGUGGAUCUAAGUGAAACUCCAUUACAAGUUAAGGCCGUGCUCCCUGAAAAAUCUCAAUUCCAAUUGUUCCGUACUGCAAUUGCACUAAACUAACCAAAAGGAAUGGCCAUUUACCAAGAUCCAUACCCCAUACCCAUAGUAUAAUGUUUCUGUUUCCCCAUUUGGUCGAGAAGUUGCAAACUCAGAUGCAUCAACAUCAUCCCAAGCAAACGAGAGAGUAUCAGUGUAUUCACAAAAGAAAAAAAAAACAG